AGAACCUGGCUUCGUCACAUUAUUUAACAACGGAACACGUUUUUCCAUUCUUUGCUACAAUGGAGGUCAGACAAAUCUUUACCCUAAAUCUUAACUGAAAUAUUUCUUAUUAAAGUGUCCAACAUGGCGGAGAAGCAGCGGGAACUCCCUUCGUGGAUGACUAAGAAGGAGGCUAAAAAAGUGAAAGAAAAUGCGCCGAUGAAGAGUCAGAGAACAAGAAAAGCUGCAAGAGCUGUUUUUUACUGUAUGAACGAGGCGGAGCUUGUUGAAGCUGCAGUUUCAUUUCUCACCGAGGGUUCCAGUGAGGAUGCAACGACCCCGCUUCACCAGCAGGCUGGAAGAAAAGCAAAGAGCCCCUCUGCUAAGGAAGGACACUCGGGAACCGCAGGGAUGACAUCAGAGCUAGUGAUGCUGCCUUUAGGGGAAGAAUCCUCAGACUGCUGCGAGGACCUGGAGACGACAUAUGUUUCAGAAACAGACUUGGAUAUUACAGAGGUUGAAACUGUUCCCUACACCAGGAAUUCACAGCAUCCUGAGCCUGGAGAAGAGAGAUCAGGAUCCACCCAGGGUGGCUGUGAACCCAUGAAGGACAGUGUACCAGCUGAGAAUGAAAGUGAGCAGCAAAAGCCGGCUGAAGAGGAGGACGAUGCCUUCCGGCUUGUGCGAGAAAUAUUUUUCACCUGACUGAAAAUGAUUUACAGAGUUUGUAGGGAUUUUUACAACCAUUUUAAGAGAUUUCACAAUAUAGUCUGGACUGUUAAAAAACAACCAUAAACUUGAUCAUCAGUGGAAAUCAAAAUACCCUGACAUGAAACACUAAAUGGUUCAAUUCUGUGAAACAGGUGUGAGGUGGGGGAGGUUUACUUUCACGAGUCGGCCUUAAAGAAAACAUUUAGUGAGAACGGUUUUGCUUCUGCACCUGUGGCCUCAUUGUGUGGAACUAAAGGAAAACCAAGUCCUCAUGGGUUUUAAAUGAAUCGUUUACUUUAAUAUCCCACUGAGUGACCUAGUUUGUUUUAGAAAAUGCUGAACUCAUUGC